GUUGUCGAUUGCGUAUUCCGGUCCGUGCUGGAACUGCGGGGCAUCCGUAGCAACUGAUUCCCAAGCAGUGGUGUAGCUAGCUUACCAGCGAGGAUAUUUGCUGUGUGUUUGCAGUUUUAUAAUUGGACACCAUGAGUGAUUCCGGCAAGGAUACCGUGUCUCCGAAGGAGAAGGAUGGAGCCGAGAAGAGGGGACGUGGGAGACCAAGGAAACAUCCACAGCAGGAGCCCAGUGGUUCCCCCUCUCCGAAGAGGCCCAGGGGGCGGCCCAAGGGCAGCAAGAACAAGACUCCUGCCAAGACUAAAGCAAAGAAGGCUGCAGCACCAGCAUCAGGUGGAGCGAAGAAAGGUAGAGGGAGGCCCAGAAAAGUGAAGGAGGAAGAGCCGGCAAAGGAGUCCUCUGAGGAGGAGGAAGAGGAGGAGGAGGAAGAGCAGUAAUGGUGUAACUUGCGCUACCUCAUCAUAACUCAAUAUGACUACUUCCCGUCACCCAGAUGCAGACUGAAAACUCUUACCCCCUGACCCCUCCACAGCCACUCUAACCUCUACUGUCAUUAACCCUCUCACUCCCGACCCGCUCCCCUCUAUGCUGGGAGCCCAACUGCGCCAUAAACACCACUCACACCACGCAUACGACUUAACCCCAGCAACAACACCACUGGAUGGCACAAACGACAGUGUAUAGCCAUGCAUACAACAUGUCACAGCUUGUAUGUGUUUGUAUUAUACUGUGUUUAUGUACGAGAGUCCUGUUUUCUCAGAGAAGCAUACGUCGGCUUGCAUAUAAAUCUGUGUGUACUCACUGCAGAUUGAGUUCUAAUGAGUGUUUUGUAGGUUUGAGAUCACUGUUAUGGGAUGCUUUUCGCAUUUGACAGUUUUUAGAAGCGUCACGGAUCGCAGGACAUGCGCUUUUCCGCUCCUUUUAAUGUGUUCUGUAAUCCCUUUUAUACACAUAUCUGAAUCUGAGCUGUUUCAUUUUCGGUUGGUUGGUUGGGUGUGUGUGAAUCCAUUAAUGUCAUUUUAUACUGGACAAAGGUUACUUGGCCUACUGUUUUUAAUUUAAUGUGUGUUCAUGUUUGUGGUGUAGUUAUUCCAAAUAAUAUUCACCUACCGUUUUAUCCUUCUCAGUGGAAGAGCUUUUGUAGUGUUUGGUUUUUAUUUUGUUUAUUUGUAUUUCUGGGUUGGCUUUGUCCUCUGCUUCAUUCGCAGUGCGAGCUUUUGUUGUAAACUUUGACCACUCACUCUACCACUGUGUUGAAGACCCAGGUGUCAUGUCAUGUAUUCAUACCCUUCUGUCCUUCUAAUUAAACAUAAUGGUGUGAUAUAACUGGCCUAGAGGUAGAGCUGUUUUGCCUGCACUUGAGUGCGCCUGCACAGAUGCGUCUGUGUGCUUGUACGAGGCUCCAUUGCUUUGUGGACAGCUAGUUAGGUGUGGUGUUUUGUUUAUGCAUCACCACGGUAACCCUGGCGUGUAGUCACUGCCCUGUAGAGCGCCUGUCAGCCACAUUAUCACCCGUGCUGUGUCACCCUUAAAAUGUCACCUCUUUUUUAAUGACAUCAGUGCAGUCCUUUUGUGGGUACACCUCAGCAGGAUGUUGGCACAAACAUUUCAAAGACACAUGCACACAGCCAUACACGCACAUGCCCUGCUCAGCCCACGGUUGUAUUGGGUGAAGAGACCAUAUUGUGUUGUUGCUCUGGCUCCUAGUGUAAAGGCCUGAGGGGCUCGCACCCAUCCCUCUGCCACCUCACCCCUCCCAGAUGUCACGUUGGAAAGCUGCUUUUACUUUUGGUUUUUAGUGUUUUGAAGUAGUUGGUGUCAUGUUUUGUUCUGGACUAGGUGUGAAAUGGUGGACCAUUACAUAUCUUGCAAACUCUUACCUGCUCUAGUUGUCCUUUAGUCUGCAAGUCCACAGUGUACAAGUGGAUAUUCGCUUUGUUCGGUUUUCUCUACAAGAAGGCAGACCACGUUUUGUGUCUGUGACUAGUUUUGCCUGUGCUUUGGGUUUAAACAACCAACAAAAGCUUGGUAUAUCAAUAUACAGUAUAUAUAUAUAUUUUGUAGUGCUUCUGGAAAGGUUUUUCUUCUCCGUGUCAGGGAAAAAACGGAUCACAGUCCAGUGAUCCCUCCACAAAACUUAUGCUGCUACAAACUCGGACAUACAAAAACCCGGAAUACUGCAAUCGGACCUCGCCCGGGGCCGGCCCAGCCCAUCCUGGUGCUGUGGGGGACGGGUCGGGUCUGCAACUCAUACCUCACAACAGCUUACUUAUACCAUACUAGUUUCAGCUGGUCCUAGAACAGCCAAGGGGAGCAGAGGAGAGUGUGAUGUAUCAAGUACAAUGUCUGUAUUAUUGUAUUAGGUUUUAGUUCAGUAUUUCUUUGUCUAACAUCUUUGGACUUCAGAUGCUAAGCUUUUUACAAAAACAAACGACAAAAGCAAACAAAAAACACAAUUGUGCUCUUUGAGCGCAUUCUACCAGCUUUUCUUUGAUUUUUUUUUUUCCAGUAAGAAUCAUAUACAUCGUAAAUUACUACAUUGUGAGAUCAGAUUUUUAUUUUUUGUUUUGUUCGUUUUGGCUAAAUAUGUUCACUUGUUUAGCAGUUUUGUGUGUUUAAUUUUACAAUUAGAUACUGUGGUGCACUGAAACACAUUUUUGUCUGUUUGGGAUUAUCAUUGAUUAAUGGAUUUAUAGUCAGUCUAGUGAUGACAGGCCCUGUGCUCCAAUAAUUUUUUUUGUGGAAAAUUUCCCGUUGGUUUGGCUCUGGUUGUCAAGUUAAUGCGGUACUCUGGCCGUUCACCUCCCAUUCAAAAUGAACUGCCCUCAUUCGCCGCCUUCACCCAAGUGUACAGGACACAUGCUCAACACAACUGUUUGGGAUCAGUCUUUUCAUGUAUAAACUGUAUUUUCUAUUGUGGCCUGCAAGUUUGUAUUCCAAAAUGGUAAUAAAGUUAAAAGUUUUUAAUUCCU